AUGUCAGACAGGUCCAGGGACACAGCCCUCCUCGAUCAGAGCGGUGCACUAUCUCAAACACAGGAAUCUGGUCACAAGGGCCGUAGCAGUGAAUCCGAGUCUGGAUACGCGAGCGACGACGAAGGAGAACACAGCAACACUAAUUUCGCUGAACUGAUGCCAUUGUCCAAGAAACUGGGUCAUGUCGAGAUCUUCGGUAGCUUGAAGAACGAGGUUGAUGGAAUCCACGCUUGGCUGAAAGGACUUGUGAACGACUCUACCGACAAUGUUGUCUCUGUUCAAAAGUCGACUCUCUGCCAUCAUAAAAGAGCCGUCGAAACAAUGAGACGUCGUCUGCGAGAUGCCGCUCCCAUGGCCUUCAAGACAAGCCAGUACAUGGACGCCUCGGUCAAGAAAACCAUUAUCACAAAGGUCGACAAAGUCAUCGCAAAAAUGUUGAAAUCGGAAGGAGUCGGAAGUAUCGCCAUGAAGAAGCUGCUCGCCCAGACAGACUUCGAGUCCCAACUUCUACAAGACAUCGAGACAGAGGUCCUCGAGGGUGACGAAUUCCCCCAUGGAGAACAUCGUCUUCUCAUCCCAGAGAUCAACGAGGCUGUUGACUACCAUCUUGGAGGUGCAUUGCUCAAGCAAGCACAGAAACAGACAGAAGCAGAUUUGCUGGAGAAGUUCCACGCGGACAAAAAGGAUUUGCUGGAAAAGUUCAACGCCAAGAGAAGAAAAGCUGUCCAGGGAGUCGAGGACGAAUUGAGAAGCGCUGGAUUGAUGCUGAAGUGGUCGUAG